AUGCCCGUCCUGCUGCACAACAAGCGCUUCAUCAUCCUUUCCCAGUACGAAUAUUUUUCCCAGCGCAUCAUGGCGAUAAAGGACGCUCAUCGCCGAGGAGUCGCUUUGAUCGGAAAUCCUGGCAUCGGAAAGAGCAGCUUCCUCAUCUUCAUGCUCCUGAAGCGUCUAGUCAAUCAAGAACAUGUAGUUUUGGCUUUGCGUAGCAGGGUCUAUGUGUUCAACUCGAAUGGUGUUUUCGCCACCCGCUCUGGGACAGACCUGGCAGUACUCUUCGAUAGUCCAGCGUAUAAAGACGUCCUUGCUCUGGUCGAUUCAGACGAAGAAGUCAGGGAGCCGGAUCCUGGAUUAGUCCACUCUGGAUUAUUUGCCGUCCAUGCGACCUCGCCUCAACAAGCACGCUACAAAAUUUGGGUGAAUCAAAAGAGGGCCAUCACGCUCGUAAUGGAUCCGUUAACAAUCGAUGACAUGCAUGCCUUAGUGUCCCUCGAAAGCCCCCAUUGUCUCCGUGAAGAGGUCGAAGCAGCCAUGUUGAUGUACGGCAGCAACAGUCGCACCAUUGCAGAUAUUUUUCAAGACCCCGACGGAGAUCUUCUACAGGAAACGAAAAUUGCACAAUCCCUCGAUAGACUUUCCUUGUCUCAGCUCGAAGAGCUGAUUCGCAAGCCCGAUGAUGGCGACAAACAGAUAACCCAUGCCCUUAUCCAAUCCGCAAGCAGCAGACCCCCACCGCAAGAAGGAGAUCGGCGCUAUCUCGCGACAGAUACAAUGGUCCACUCUAUUGCCUCUCCCUACAUUUGGAAGCUCCUCUAUAAGAAGUUCAUGGAUUCAAGUCUCCAAGAAAUACGCCGCCUAUUUGUGUCGCUGGCCGGGAUGACGUCAUCAAAUGCGAUGCGUGGCUGGCUCUUCGAGGCUUGGUCCCAUGAUCGCCUUUGUCAAGGGGAAUUCGCAUUCACCCUCACCGAAAUGGUGAAAAUUUCGUCACGCUUGGUGAGAGGGCAGAACACACGCCAGCUGCCGCUUGGUCCGAAGAGAGAGUUUGAAAUCUAUCCAUCGUCCACCAAGUUUGCAAAUACGAAGGACGGCGACAAGUACUACGUUCCUCAAGAAGGAAACAAUCCUACAUUUGAUUCUUUCAUUCGAGUCUCUCACCAACUCGGCAUCGGCUUCCAGAUGACAAUCUCUCCUACCCACGCUUUGAAAGUGAAAGGUCUCGAACUCUUGUCAAAGCGCAUAGACACCAAGGAACGUAUGUUCGUCUUUGUCAUACCAACAGGCCAUACUUUCGACUGCGAAACUUCCACCAGGUGGAUGAAUAAAUUCAAGUUUUAUAUACUUGAAGUCGACUUUGGGCAUCCUAUUCUUCAGAAAGGUGUUAGCCUGCGUCUAGAGACACCUAGUGAUGAUUCGGAAAUGGACAUGUCAGAAUAG